AUGCACGCUUCCAACUCAGCCGAGCACGAGCGCACAUAUGAUGCUAACAGCGCAGCAACACAGUCCCCUGGUAUUACAGACGAGCUCUUCCGUCGCUUCAUGAACUAUGAGCGGGCAAAGCUCUCCAAAGGAUCGUCGCCCACAACCACCUUUGCCGACCUUGACAUCCCGGCUACCAUGAUGAACUCCCGCAGCUCAUACUCUUCAAGCCGAGGCGAUGAGCCCAACCAUGUACAGUUCUCGAUUCGGCGCCCGAUCCGAGGCAUGCCAAGGAGGUCUUUUCAUGCGUCCUUACCAGCUGCUGUAGUGGAGGCUGCACCACCCGCAUUGACACAAUCGACUGUGAACCAUGAAGCCGCCUCCCCCGAUCCCGCAGGUCAGUUCGGACCAUCUGCCUCGAACAUAGCUGCGAGCGGAGGUGCCGACACUAUUCCGCAGAAUCUCUCGCAAGACUUCCAGCGACUCUCGGUGUCUCCGCAACGGGUCCCACCAUCCACACAAGAGUCUGUGGCAGCUGCACAAAACACUGUUGACAGCAGCAGUCAUCCUAACUCCGAUGCGCACUUUCAAUUCCCCACACUACCGCCCAAAUUGACCGACGAUGGCUUCCACUACCGCCAACGUGCAGCCCAGUUCAUCCUCUUGUGCAGUCGAGAAGCGACUCCGGAUCGUUUGACCAAGCUGAAUCGUCUUUCAUUGCCUUUGGUGCCGCGUUCGAGCAACGCCAGUCAGGGCAGACGAGGCGCUGGUGCUCGCAAGUUGGACGACAUUGAUCGCUCCACCAUGCAUGACGACGACGAAAGCAUCCACUCCCAUCACGACCCUCACAAUGCUUCCGACGACGACAGCGAGCAUCUCGACUUCGACGCCUGUCGCACCGCCCAUCUCGGCAACAAGAAGAAGCGCAAGAGCAGUCGCUUCAGCGGUCAAGGUCUCACCACAACCAUCGUCGACAGGAGCUUGCCGGAAGAUGGUGAUACAUCCCAUGGAAACAAGAUUGUGGAUCGUGCGCUUGUCGACAGGACCAAUACUGCAUCGCAAUCCACAGUCGAUCGGGAGGAUCAGCGCAAUGGCGACCUUCUUGCAUAUGCAAAGCUAGAGCUGGCGACGUUCAGGUAUCCCGAGUCUGCACGCUUGCCACCACGGCAAAGUCGAGGCGAGUAUCAGAUGCAACGUCUUCGGCAGCGGGUCCGUACUCGAGUGGCGUCGGUCCUGCUUCAGAGAAGGUAUGCGCAGAUGGAAGCUGAGAGAAAGGCAAGACAGGAGGAAGAGGCGAGAAGAGAGGCGCAGCUGGCACAGAGUAAGGUGGAGGCAGAUUCUCAGCAAGCAGCAUCGCCAGAGAAAAAGCCACCGCCGAAACGAGCGAUGAAGGCAGGGAAGAGAGCACAGGCGAUUCGCGGUGGGAACUCGGCGUCGAAGCCCCUGACCAUUGCUGAAAUUCGUGCGAGGGCUACUGCUGCGGCUGGUGGUGGUGCUCAGAACGGCUCACGAGAAUCAAAGACGAAGGGAUCGCCUUCACCGCCUCGAAGAGGAUCGGACACUGCGGAUGUAGUAAAGCAGGAGACGCGUAACGAUGCGCCAGAACCUGAGCAGACCACGACGAGACGCGAUUCAACGCCUAGAUCAACAGUAUCUCCUGUUCCUGGCACCAUUUCUCGACAGCAGGGCCCACAGCCGAACGGCCACGCAAUACAGCCAUCGCAAUCACAACAGGAUGCCACACCAACCACGACAGAACCCAAAGUGACUCUACCAACGUCCACGUUCGACUUUCGAAUGUCAUCCGCCGUCACCCUACGCCUGCGUGAGUUGCGGUCGCAGCUCGAUGCAGCCACUCGAAACCUCUCAGACACUGCCAAAGCAGGCGACACACAUGCUGUCGCUCAAGCUCUUAGUGAGACUGUUGCAGCACCACCUGCUGCUCCUGUUCGACCGUUUGACCCUAAUUUACCCUGGGGUCCGGACAACAUCCCUCCGACUCCAUCGAGAGGUCCCAGUUGGGAUCUUCCAGACAACGCGCCUCCGUGGGUACGUCCUUUGCUGAAUUAUCAGUAUCACUUGGAGCAGCAGGAAAAGCAGGCAGCAGGUGGCUCUCGGCCCUCGGGCAAGACCGCUGGGCAGCUUCCGCUUCCUCCACCUCCAGUAGUGAGCCACGCGCGGAGUGGAAGUUCGACCCCUGGACGAGCUCUGCAUACCGCUUCGCCUGUUCCUCCACCUUCCAAUACGAAAGUUCCACCUGCGACCCGUACAAAGGCGAAAACCAGUAAUGGACGUCGUCCAGCCACACGCAAAUCCACCCCUCACACCGACUCGACCCACAAAAACGGCUCGGGAUGCAAGCAUGGUCAUCCACACACCCAUUCCUCUGGUCUGGGAUCAGCGCUGUUCACUCCGGACGACUGGAUCUGUCUCUUUUGCGAAUACGAGUUGUACUAUGGAGAGCCGCCUUUGAUGUUUCGUGCUUGUAGAAAUCGGAAGAAGCUGGUAGAGAAAAAGUCCAAGGCAAAAAGUAAGGCUCAGGCUGCCCUCUCUAAGAAGGGUUCGACUAAGGUCAAUGGUGCGAAUGGUAGUGGAGGUGUUGGCGAGGGUGGGUGCGGGCAUCAUCACCAUCACAACGACCAUGAUCAUCAUCAUCAUGAGGAUGAAAGUUGUUGUCAUGAUCAUGGAAGUGUUACUUCUGACGACCGCCACCAUCAUCAUCAUGCGCACCAUCAUGGAGGGAAUGGGGAAGGGGGAGAGAGGGAAAGAUGUGAUUGCGGAAACUCGAUCCAUUCAUCUGAUUUUGAUGAUCAUUAG